GGCGCGCGGAGACGCAGCAGCGACAGCGGCAGCAUGUCGGUCGGCGGAGCGCCAGUCGUGCCGCCCCCGAACCCCGCUGUGUCCUUCCCGGCGCCUCGGGUCACCCUGCCUGUCGGCCCCGACAUCCUGCGGACCUACUCGGGCGCCUUCGUCUGCCUGGAGAUUCUGUUCGGGGGACUCGUCUGGAUUUUGGUUGCGUCCUCCAAUGUUCCUCUACCUCUGCUGCAAGGAUGGGUCAUGUUCGUGUCCGUGACGGCGUUCACCCUUUCCCUCCUCUUCCUGGGGGUGUUCCUCUCUGGCAUGGUGACUCAGAUUGAUGCCAACUGGAACUUCCUGGACUUUGCUUACCAUUUUACAGUGUUCGUCUUCUACUUCGGAGCCUUCGUCCUCGAAGCAGCAGCCACCUCCCUGCACGGUCUGCACUGCAACAGCACCGUGGCCCUGCAGCCUCUCCUGAGUAGUAACCAGUACAACAUAAACGUGGCAGCUACGAUUUUUGCCUUUGUGACGACAGCUUGCUAUGGUUGCAGUUUGGGUCUGGCUUUACGAAGAUGGCGACCGUGACACUCCUUAGAAACUGUGUGUUCGUUUCCUUUGUCUACUUGAUAUGUCUGAUCAAUUUGGGUACCAUUUUGUCCAGAUACAACAACAGUCCAAAAGCAGUUUGUUUAGUCUAUGGAGAGAGCCCAGGUCCAGUUUUGGCUUAUUUCAAGGAUAGACUUUGAAUUUUAUUAUGAUAUUAAACAGAGAAAUGGCCUUUAAUUUUA